CAGAACGCCCACGAGCCCCGGGUACCUCGUGCAGAGAACUCUCCCUCUCUCUCUGCCUCUCCAUCUCAUGAGUCGUUUCGCUAGGCCGACAAGCGUCGUGAGGCUGGCGCGCGCCGUAGCACGUUUGAACCAAGCGAGGGGCAGCAUCAGCAACAACAAACAAACAAACAACGAGAAGAACAAGAAAUAACCCUGCAUCGCGCUACGGAACGCCAUCAGGCACAUGUGGCAUAGCUCACGACUGGGUCCAGAUAUGGAGGCUGAGUGAAAAGGGGUGGCGUCGGAGGGUACAGAACAAUCUGACGAUACGUCGGCCAGUCUUCACCCCGUCUUUCCCUCCCUUGGCUCGUCUUUUCCUUCCCACAUCUUGUCAGCGGUCUCAGCCCAUAAGUAUAUGCCUAUAUCCUUCGCUCCCCCGCCACGGCGCUCUUGGGAGUUCACUCCCGUCCUUGGCUCUUCCACGACGGAUUCUAUGAUACUAGGUCCCCUCCUCCCUCCGCUUCCUCUACUCGUCGCUUAUCCCAUCGUGGACCGACUAGGACUGCCCAAGUUGAAGCUGAACUGGUUUCCUCCCCCCUUUUCCAACUUACACUGCCAACCUCUCGAGAACGACGAGAGCACUCGGACAUCAUCAUGAUGAACGAAACGCAGCAACAACAUCCGCAAGCACAGUCUCUGCCCCAGGGCCAGGCCCCCCAGCAGCAGCAGCAGCAGCAGCAGCAACAGCAGAGCUACACACAUCAUGCCCCCAGCGGCCCGCCGCCUCCCAUGAUCGUCACGCCGACCUGGCUGGUCGCCAUCCGCGGCCUCCAGUUCUUCCUCGCCAUCAUCAUCCUCGGCCUUUCUGCCGCCAUCAUCCACUGGGUUUACAUGGACGAGCUCGGCCUCUCUGUCGCUAUCUCCCUCUUCACCUGGAUCAUCGUCCUCUACGCCCUCCUCUCCGAGAAGCUGCCCGCCCUCCGCCGGUUCUACCACACCUACGCCGUCCUCGCCCUUGACCUCUUCCUCGUCAUCCUCUGGCUCGCGACCCUCGGCGCCACCGCCGCCCGCCGCGCCACCUUCGUCGUCUCCGUCACCGCCUCGUGCUCCUCCGAUGGCUCCGCCGUCAACUCGGGCCGCUGCACCGUCCUGCGCCGCUACAUCGUCAUGAGCCACGGCGCCCUCGCCAUGCUCUCCGCCAUCGCCGGCCUCUCGGCCCUGCAGCUCAUCCUCUUCCUCGCCACUUUCAUCUGGACCGUCGUCCAGUUCGUCCGCUGGCGCAAGGCCAAUGCCCCCGCGGCCCAGUCCGGGGCCAGCCAGGGCGAGAUCCAGAUGGAGUCGAAGCAGCCGUUCCUCGCACAGCAGACGGCCUACCAGCAGCAACCGUCGCCGUCGCCGCAGAAUGGGCAUGUUCAGCAGCAGCAGCAGCAGCAGUUCUACCCUCCUCAGCAGUACCAACAACACCAACAGCAGCCGCCUCAGCAAUACCAGGAGAUGCCCGUCCAACAGCAGCAACACCAGCAAUAUCCCCAGCAGACACCUUCUCCCGCCCAGAACUACGGCCAGCAGCCGCCGCAGGAGUACCAGCAAUACCAGCAGCACCAACACCAGCAGUAUCCGGCCCAGCCGUAUACGCCUUCGCCCGUGAACGGGGCCGUCUCGCCGGCCAACUCCCCACCACCUCAGGGGCAGGGGUACGCGUACCCCCCACAGGAACUACGGUGAG